CGUUGCAAAAGUAUUUGAGGGAAGGAAAUAAAUUCACCCCUUGUACCAUAAAUGCCAAAUUGUCUUGUAAAUUGGUUUUGUUUAUUUCUGUCGAUCUUUUGACCUUUGACGAACAGUCAAAAUGUUACACUUUCAAUACACAUACUUGAAAACGUGAUAUAAUUGAUGUCAAUGAACUUUAGCUGUAUAAAAUUAGUCUGGUUGUAACUAUGACUCGGUCGUUAAUUUUAAAAAACUAUGAGUCUCUGAUUCUCAUCGUUAUCGUAUCACUAAUUUUCAACACAAGUGCUAAAAAUCUUACCAAAGAGAUAUGUCGACUGGCAGUACAAGAAGCGCUUUCUAUGGGAUUAAGUUUUCCACAGCCUGAAAAGUUACCAAUAUUUUUGAAUUCAACUACUCAAAGUGAACAACGACAACAGCCGAAUACAGAAAAUCGACAAUUAUCACGAGAUAAUGAUCGUACUAGUAACACAACCACUUCAACAACGGUAGAUGAAAAUUCAAGAAAUGCUAAAGAAUCCUUAUAUUUAUGGCUCUCUGAGACACAACUUAAUCAAUUAUUGGAGUAUAACUUUCUGGAUACAUAUCGAGCUCAUGCUGGUCAAGGUAGGAGUUUAUCCGACUUGACUUGGGAUGCUAACCACUCACAAUUAUAUCAUCAAAGUUUGUGUUACUCGUCGGAUAGCGAUUUACCAAAGCAUACAUGUUGUACAUUUCAAAUGGAAUUAGGAUUAUUACAGAAAACUACGGAAGAAUUGCAUCAAAGUUUAUCAACUUACUUAGGACGAUGGCAUAAAGAACUGGCAAAAUUAAGAACUGCUUUAAGAGAUCAAUUAAUUGAAAGUCUUGAAUUAUUAAAAAUUCAAUUAAAUCAAACAUUUUGUUCAUAUGAAUUCAUUAUUAAUAAUCAUUCCAAUGACAAUUCAACAAAUUAUACAUGGAAUUGUUGGUAUCAUAUUAUGGAAUUAAUAUCGAAAUUUCGUUUAAUAUUAGAACAAUCAUUUUUAACACAAGAUGAUAUUAUAUUAGAUUUAAUGUUUCCAGUUGAUAAUUAUUUAAUGCAAUCUCUAUUAGAAACAUCAUGUCAAACUUAUAUGACGGAUUCAAAGAAUAUACAAGCUGAAGAAUUAGAUGAAAAGAUUAAGUGUCAUGAAUAUUGUCAAGCACGAUUAAAUUUAAUCUUCGAUUCAUUAACUGGUCAUUCAGAUUUACCAUCUUUAACUAGAAAAUCAAGAAAUUUAUUUGUCAAUAAAUUAAAUCGUCAUUCAUUAUACCGAUUAAGGAAUCAUGAAAAUAAUCCAAUGAAACAUGAAGAAAGGCGAAUAACAAAAAGUAGAAAUGUAAAAUCAUCAAAUAACAUCAAUAUUCAUAAUACUGAUGAUAAUGAUAUAAAUCAAAUGAAUAAUUUUCUUAUUGAAGCUGAACAAUAUCGAAUGUUAUAUAAACCUGAAUUAGUAUUUACAUUCAGAUUAAAUCGUAAAUUAAUUCAAUCAUUAGAAUUAGGUGAAUCAUUAAUUGAUGGAUUGAAAAAUUUCAAUAUUGCUCAAGGUACAUGUAUGCGAAAAUUAAUGCGUAUGCAUUAUUGUGCAUUAUGCGCUGGUGAAACUUUAACAAGACCAUGUCCUGAAUUAUGUUUAAAAAUUUUAUUAGAUUGUUUAAGACCACUUAGUCAACUUAAUCCACAAUGGUAUCGUUUCACAGAAACUAUCAAAAGUGUGGCAGAUAUAUUUUUAGAGAAACCACAAUUAAGAUUAGAAAGUCAAUUGGAUGAUUUUCCAGAACAUCUUGUAAAUUAUUAUCAUCAAUUAUUGCAUACCUAUCACAACUGGUUACAACCUCAAUGUUCUGGGAUAAAAAGAUUAUACAAUGUAUUUGAUCAACUUAAAAAUAAUUCCAAAGCUAUAUUUCAACCAUUAAAGAGUAAUAAUACAAAACGUUUAAAACAACAUAAAAAGAUAUUUGAACAAAUGAAAACAACUAUGGAUGAAAUCACAAACAUAUGGUCACGUUCAAGUACAGCAUUGUGCUUAGAAUCACCUUAUCUUGCUUUACUCAAUGGAAGACGGGAUCAAUGCUGGAAUGGAACAACUAUUUCAAGUUUUAAUGAAGAGGAAUGUACAUUUUGUCAACAUGAACAAAAAUUACAAGAAACUAUUGUUACAAGUUCACAAAAUGAAAAUUAUAAUGAGAAGUUAUCACCAAGUCGAAAACAACGAACAUCAUUUAUACCAACGAAUGAUGUACAACAACAAUCAAGUGUCAGUGAAACAGAUGAUCUAUUAUCAGCUUCAAUUGCAUCAACUAACUAUUUAUUGAAUAAUCCAUCAUGGAAUUCUCCAUUACAACAUGAUAAGGAAUUAGCUUUUCGACGUGCCAAUGAAAUUCUAGUAAGAGCAUCUAGAGAUUUGGAAUGGUCCGUGAAGUCUUUGUUAGCUGAAACGAACUAUUAUAAUUCAUUAAAUGCCAAGUCUACUUCAAAUGGAAGUGGUAAAUCUAAAGGAAAUACACCACCGGAAUCAUGGGCACGAAUUUCAACAUCUCAAAAACCUGGAGAAAAAUAUGAAACUGGAAAAACAUCAUCCAAUUCACAUUCAGAUAUGACCAAUUCUUUAGGUAUGCUCGCUUAUGGAUCAAUACUAAACUGGAAUGCACAAGGAGUAGGAGAAGAAGAAGAAGACGAAGAAAUACAACGUAAAAUACCCAUGAAUUCUAAAAAUAAUGAUCCAUCGUCAUCGGAUUCCUCUUCGAAACCAAUACGAAUGACUAUAAAUCAAGGAAAUUCAAAGAAAAAAAAUUCACCUGACAAGAAACAACAAACAAGACCGUUAGAUAGAAAUUCAAAUCUUGGUUCUGGUUUUUUUCCAGGUUGGACAUUAUAUGCAUGGACUCCAAUUAGUUCACCUACUAAAGAACAUACAUAUGGAAAACCAGUAGAUAAUAGUUUAAUUCAAGAAGGUAUAGAUUUAGAUGAAGUUCAAACUUUUUAUUAUCGUCAAAUAAGUAAUCAAUAACCCCAUUGAUCGAACUAAUUUCCUACUUCAAACCGAACAGAUCCCAUUGGAUAGAAAUUUUUUUUAAUUAUUUGAACUAUUUAUUAAGUAAUUCAGAUCGUCAUUGUGAGGUGUUUGCAGAUAUUGCUGAAUAUUGUAGUUUACAUUAUGAACUGGCAUUAGACAACGAUUAGAAACUGGAAAGCAUUAAACAACUGUUUCAUUCUAUUAUAGGACUCUUCAGUGAUUUAAAGGUUAAGCGCUCACUUUAGAACCUGUUUGUUUUGAAUUUAAUUCCUGGUGAACUCUUAGAUGAGUACUACGAUAAAACGGUUGUUCAGCGCAAGGUGUUUAUUUAAUGAUCGUCUAAAGAAGGAUAGUCUAUGAUGUAUACUAUGACAUUAAAACUUGUUAUUUCUACUAAAAAUUACUCAAUCAACAUUAAAUGACAUCUCCAAUAAUCAGUGACCAUUUUAACCUACUAAGUAAUAACUAUUCAUUAUUUUAAAUGAUCUCAUCUUAUAAAUACUAUCCAAAAUGAAUUAAUGUAAAUCAUACUAUGGAAGUUGAGAUUGAAAUUUAGUCCACACAUCUUUCCUAUUAUAUUAUUAUAAUUGAAAAAAACUAUGUACGGUAAUUAAUCGACUUCGAAAGGAAUAUCUUGAUGUCGAUAAUUUUAAGGAGAGAUAACUCAAAAACAUAAAUUAAUUAUUGGAAAGUUUCGAUGUUAGAUUGUUUUCAAUUAUAUCUUUUUUAUUGAGAUCAUGAAUCCAUUGAUAUCAGAUCACCAUUGAAUACCUGGAAGCACUGGAUGGCUGGUAGUCUAACUUUAAUCGAUGUCAAUCAAACAUUUAACAAUCUCCGCAACCCCAUACUGAUAAUAAUCAACAUGUUCUCACUAGUGACUGGCUCUAAGAUGAUUUCAUGAAGUUCUAGUGAGAAGCUAUGACCAGUGUAGUUCAAUCCGUGUCGAGUAGAGACAGAUAUCUACCUCAGACAAUGGAUCAGUGGUUGUUCAGCCAUUCAUGGAUCGGUUGAAGUUAGACAUUAACACUAUUGGAUGUUGGUUCAGAGGUUUAGAGGUUGUGCGUUCACACGCAAGAUCGAUAGAUCUUGGGUUCGAAUCUCGAGAGGCGGGAUUGUGAGGAGUCCCGCAAUGGCACGAAAUGGCCGUCUAGUGCUUCUAGAUUUUCCAUAUUGGUCUAAUUUCAAUUGACUUAUGAUCUCAACU